UUUGAUUUUCUUAUAUGCAUUGUAAUGGCAAAAGCAGGAAUACCACAGAUUAGCUCUUGCUUCAUCUGCGCCCUACUGCAACAGUGUCCUUGAAAGGCGUAUGAAUUCAUACCUCCAUCUAGACAACCCUCCUUACCACAAACUGCUGAAUCAGCCUUCUAAUCAUAACAGAAGGUCUAACAGCAAAAGCAACAAUACUGAACCAACAACAAGACCCUCCCUUCGCUCCGACAGGCGGACACCUGCUAGUUAUAUUUCAGAAGUAUUCUCAUACAAUAUGCACAAUCACUCCUACUACCCAACAGAAAUGCAUGUGUCCAAGAUAGAAACAGUGAGUGAUCCAACCCUUAGUGGUCAAGGCGCCAAUCGGGCGAGGAGUCAGGACCCUCGGUCGCUUGCUUCUGGGAGUGAUCUCUCUAGGCGCGUGACCGAAGGAGGAAGAUUGAAGGAUGGAUCUAAGGAGAGUGGGGGAAAGGACAAGCAGCAGAACAACAACAGCAGUCAUCAGUCGUUGUCAGAAAUGCACUGUGUCUAUCGAAUGGACAGGGCAUCCCAGAGGCCAAACUCGAUGUCCCGUCCCAGGCUGAGCGACGGGAGGGCAAGGGUGGUGUGGGACGAAGACAAGAAUCCAAAGGAUGCGAUGAAUGGUGUAUUGACUGUUGAAGCUUUGCAACAGUGGGUCCCUGAUACCAGACAGAGAGGGGGCACCAGGGAGCUCAUGACACCCAUACUUAGUCUCCAGUUCUUGAAUGUCUGUCAAAAGAAGAUAGCAGCCAGACACGCCAAAAAGCCUGAGCUGGAGGAUCAGCAAACAAGCUCAUCCAGUGGAUUAGUGCAGAAGAAAACAAGUGCUAUUCCUCUUCUAAGCCUGAGCAACCCUGCUACCAAGAAGAAUCAGAACAACAACAGGAGUGGCCUUUCCAUGGAAGACUGUCCACACCUACCAGAUGUUUCUUCAAAGACAUCGUUGAGCUCUUUGAAAUCUGUCUCAGGAACGGACUUACUUGUGGAAUCACUAAGUGAUAUUGCAUCAGCAGGAAAUGAUUCAGAGGGAAUAUCCCUGCAGGAAGAAGUUUCCAAGAGACCAGCAGAUCUGGAACAGAAACUUGGAAUGAAUAGAGGUCUCCCUGAUGUCACAUCAAGAAAUUCUUUAGAAAGUAGUUUGCAUCUGUCUGAAGAUGCUACAGCAGAAGUCGAUGUGGGAGAAAAAGAACAUGGAGUUCAUAGAAUUCUUGAGAAAGUUACAUCAGUGAGAAAACCCACAAAAGUCAUUUAUAAGUGGGAGAAUUCCUUGAGUACAACAGGUCUGAAAGAGGAUCCUGGAGCUUGUAGAAUCCAAGCACAGAGAUUGGCCAGAAGGGUAGUGCCUAAAGAACAGAUCAGCUCCAAGAAUGAUGAUACGGAGGUAGAGAACAAGGGUUCAUGUUCAGAGUUCUUGUUCAGCGUUGAUUCUUCAAUGUUUGAUUACAUUUGCAACGUUAAAACUAACAAAUAGUUCUUGUUCCUAGUUCAUCCUCAGAUAAUUGCAAGAGAGAAUGGAUGGUCUCC